AUGUUGUCACUGGAUCAAAUCUCAAGUGAUUUGAAGCUUUUAGAAUCGAAGAGACAAGAGCUGAGGAAGACAUUGGAGCAACUCCGUCCUGAUCAAUCACUUGGUCUCAAAUGGAAAGAGCUUGAGAACCUCUCUUUCUCAAUCAAAUCCACCAUGCAAACCUGCUUGAAAGAACUCAAAUCCAAAGAAGAGGAGAUCAUUGAUCGGCUUAAAAAACUUGAGGUUAGAGAAAACGAAGUAAAUCUACGAUCGAAGGAGCUGGGUCUGAAGUUGAUUGAUUGUAGAGGUGGAGAAAGAAUGUUACUGUUCUUAAAUGAUCACGAGAAUGAGCUAGAGGAGAUUGCCGAUGAGGUCUACUGUGCAUUACAAGUGUCAGCUGAUCCAGCAAUACUGGUUUUGGAUGCUAUUUCAAAAGGGUUUUCUUUGCAGAUUGAAAAGGGCAUUGUGAGAAGGAGUACUGUGCUUUUGUUGGAACAGUUGAUGAGAGUGAAACCCAAGAUUGGGAAAGGGCUUAGGAAAAGGGGAACAAGGUUGGCAAAAGAAUGGAAGAGUAAGAUGGGAGAGGGAGAUGAGGAGGAGGAUAAUGGUGUUGAAGUUUUUAGACUGGUGUCUGCUUUUGAUGCUUAUGAGCUUGUUGGAUUCUUGGUCAGGGCAAGUGAGCAUAAGCAGUCCCCUGACUUAUGCCUGGCACUCGGUUUGGAAGACAAGAUUCCUAUUCUCAUUGAGAAUCUUCUUAAAAAGCCUCUGAUGCUGGAGGCCAUGGAAUAUAUUUGUGCAUUUGAGCUAUUCUCCGAGUUCCCACCAGCUCGUAUCCUAAAAGCUUACUGGAGGUACAACAAGAAGAGAAUAUACAAGGGGAAAAAAUCUCGUCUCACGAUGAAGCAGGCAAUCGAAAGAGAAAUAGAGACUGUGAGAGCCAUCAUCAAAUGCAUCAUAGAUCACAGGCUCGAAUCACACUGUUCGCCAGAGGAGCUCGAAAAUUACAUUUUGGAGCUAGAAAAGCAGAAGACUAUCGGGAAUGAUUCUGUAGACCAGAAACAUAAUAUCCCAGCUCCUUUCCUCAAGGCUCAAGCCCGGAAGGUUGCUCCAACGUCAGAGACUGCCUUGAAUUUGCAACCAUCUCUUCAGCAUUUGGAAGGCUUGUAUGCACAUCAAACUCCAACGUACCUAAGCUCAUUCGCCAGAAAUUAUGGCUCCGGAACCUCUGGUUACGUUGCUCAAGAGAUGGGCUCGUUUGGCGGAGCCUAUAGAGUGGAUCCUUCCACCACUCUCUUCAACACCUACACAAUGUCACCAGAUAAGCAGCAUGGUUCUGGUACUGCUGGUGAUUGGAACAUGCAGCAGUUUGGUUUUCCAGGAACCGAGUAUGGAACUUUUACCGGUUUCUGCUAACUUAGAACUGGUUGAUGAUAGUUUUAACGCGUACAGCUGCAGCAACCGAACAGUUUUUUCUCGUUCACGGAUCAUUUCUACUGGUCAUCAAGUAAUAGAAUGUAAAUGGGUAAUCUGAUUGUGGAAAGCUACAUAGAAUGUAAAAUUAUUAAGUAUAUUGGGAUAUAUAUAUAUACAUACAUGUCUAUCUGUUUGUAUGUAUGGGUAUAGACGUUUGGAUGUUUGCUAAGUUUUUGGAUAUUGGCAUCAAUGUGGAAAUUGGAGGAAAAAAAUUAUAUGUAUGGAUUUUUCUUGUAGUUGUAUUCUUCUUCUUUUAUGGGUCAGCUAAUUUGUAGAGAA